UCUCGAUUCGUCAUCGGAUCGGCCUGAGAUUGUCGUGCAGGUCGUGGAUCUCAAGCCUACAGGAAAUCGAUACACUUUUAGUGCCAAUGAUGGGAAGAUGAGGGUUAAGGCAAUUUUCCCAGGGACUUUGACUUCUGAUAUAAUCUCAGGCAAGAUCCAGAACCUGGGUCUAAUUCGUCUGCUUGAUUAUACCGUCAAUGAUAUCCCAAGCAAAUCGGAGAAAUAUUUGCUUGUGACAAAAUGCGAGGCAGUUGCUUCAGCCCUCGAAUCAGAGAUUAAGGCCAACAUCAAGACUGAGGACACCAGUGUAACCUUAAAGCCAAAGCAAGAGGCUGAUGCAUCAAAUGGGAUGAAUUUGUUGAAGCCAAAGCAAAAAUUUGUUGCUAAAUCAGCCUCUCAGAUUAUCAAUGAACAACGUGGAAAUGGGGCACCGGCUGCAAGAAUGGCCAUGACAAGGAGGGUUCAUCCGCUUGUUUCGUUGAACCCUUACCAAGGAAACUGGACCAUUAAAGUCCGAGUCACAAACAAAGGAGUCAUGAGAACUUACAGAAACGCCAGAGGAGAGGGAUGCGUCUUUAAUGUUGAACUAACCGAUGAAGAAGGAACCCAAAUUCAGGCUACCAUGUUCAAUGAAGCAGCAAGGAAGUUUUAUGACAGAUUUCAGUUGGGAAAGGUCUAUUACAUUUCAAGGGGCGUGCUUAAACUUGCUAAUAAGCAGUUCAAGACAGUUCCGAACGAUUAUGAGAUGACUCUGAAUGAGAAUGCUGACGUUGAGGAAGCUAGUAAUGAAGAAACGUUUAUACCUGAGACAAAAUUCAAUUUUGUGCCCAUUGAUGAGUUGGGUGCAUACAUAAAUCAGAAGGAGCUUGUUGAUGUCAUUGGUGUUGUUCAAAGUGUUUCUCCAACAAUGAGUAUUAGGAGGAGGAAUGACAAUGAGAUGAUUCCCAAGAGGGAUAUAACUGUGGCUGAUGAAUCAAAGAAAACAGUUGUUGUUUCCCUCUGGAAUGACCUGGCCACUGGCUUAGGACAAGAACUUCUGGACAUGGCUGACAAAUCACCAGUAGUUGCGAUCAAGUCCCUCAAAGUAGGAGAUUUCCAAGGCGUUUCAUUGUCCACAAUCAGAAGAAGCAAUGUGGUGGUCAAUCCUGAUCUACCAGAAGCUAAGAAGUUGAAAUCUUGGUAUGAUUCUGAAGGAAAGGAAGUAUCCAUGUCCGCCAUUGGCUCUGGUAUGAGCCCUUCUGCCAAAAAUGGAUCAAGAUCUAUGUACUCUGACCGAGUUCCUCUUUCUCACGUCAUCAGCAACCCAUCUCUAGGAGAGGAGAAGCCUGUAUUUUUCAGCAUUAGAGCUUACAUAAGCUUCAUCAAGCCUGAACAGACAAUGUGGUAUCGUGCUUGCAAAACCUGUAACAAGAAAGUAACAGAGGCGUUUGGCUCUGGUUACUGGUGUGAAGGUUGUCAGAAAACUGACGAGGAAUGUAACUUAAGAUACAUAAUGGUCGUGAAAGCUUCUGAUUCAACGGGUGAAGCUUGGUUGUCUACGUUCAAUGAAGAAGCAGAGAGGAUUAUUGGUCGCCCAGCCGAGGAGCUCAACAAACUAAAAUCUGAGGAAGGGGAAGUUAAUGAGUUUCAGACAAAACUGAAAGAGGCUACCUGGGCAUCUCAUGUCUUCCGUGUCAGUGUCUCCCAACACGAGUAUAACAGCGAGAAGAGGCAGAGGAUAACCGUAAAAAGUGUAGCUCCAGUUGAUUUUGCUGCUGAAACAAGACUCCUGCUUGAAGACAUCUCCAAGAACAAGACUUCUCAGCAGUUCUAGUUCCUCCUGUUUCUUUCUGCGAGCAAGGUGGUGAAUUCGUGUUUUAUAUUAGGAAAUAGGACAUUGCUUUUUUUUUUGGCUUAACCCAGGUUGUGAAAUUGGCCAAAGUCUCAAACUUUGGCUUUAUGUAUAAGCUUUUCUGCGGCCGGUACAUUGUUUACUUUAGAAAUUAGGGUUUAUAUAUUUAAAUUUUGACU